AUGAAGAUAAUUAUAUAUUUUUGCAUUUGGGCAGCAGCAUGGGCCAUUCCAGUUCGUCAAAUCAGACCACCGGAGAGACAUGCUGUAGAAAAAUCUGUGAAUGUACAUCUCCUAGAAAAAUCAAAAGUGCCACUACAGAAUGAGCUAAAUGCCAUUGCCACGACUGCAGAAGACGGUGUUUCUCUGCAUGAAAGCAAAUUAGGAAGACGGCAGUCCACUCAGGAGAGUUAUGCAGGGGAAAGGACAGGCUGCGAGUGGACGCACAGAGGAGAGAGUGAUCCCUCCUCCACCCAUCCCACUUUAGCAAAUACAGAGCAGGGUGCUGAGGAGGAAAGUGGGAGUCCAAGAAAACAGGAGACCCAGGAUCAUGUGGGGCUACACGAAGACAACAACACGGCAAGUGGCACCUGGGGACAAGGAGACACCACUGACAGUGCUGCGGCGGUAAAUGAGAGCAAUGUUAAUGGAAAUAUUGACCAGAACACAAAAACGGGGGUUGUUGGCAAUGCAGGCUGGGAUGAGGAUGCUGUCACUGUUGCCCAAGUAAAUGGACCUCAAGAAGCUGGAAGCAAUAAUAGCAUGGGCAGUGAAGAUGACACAGGGGGGUAUAACAGGGACCCCAGAGGGACACCAGCUCAGAAAGGAGGCGAGGGAAAUGGGAAUCAGGAGGCUGAGGCAGCGUCAGGCAGUGGGGAAGACGCAGGCCUGGAUGACUCUGAAGGGAAUACUAGUGGAAAUGGAGCAGAUGUAAAUGAAGACAAGGGCUCUGGGGAUGAUGAGGGUGAAGAAACGGGCAAUGGAAGAGAGGGUAGUGAUACCAACAAGAGCCAGGAGGGUCAGUCUCGUGGCAGAGAAGAUGACAGCAGCAUAGGGCAGAGUUCAAACAGUACUGAAGAUGAGAACUCUGAAGACAGAGGAAGGCUCCCUAAGGACGUGGGUGGAGACAGCACUUCCGAUAGCCAGGAGGAUUCGCAUGCUGUUCCCGAAGGCAAUGGCAGCCCAAGAAGAGAGGACACCCGGAAACCCAGCGACAGAAAAGACAAAGGUGUGGAAAAUGGAAUCACCGAGGAAUUCAGCCCAUGUGCCAUCGGGAAGAUCCAAGAUAAGAGAAUAGAAAUGGAAGGUCCUAGCAGUGGCGGCACGAAUAAUGCCACCAAAGAAAUUGUGAAAGUCAGUGAAGACACAGAGGGUAAAGGACCCCAUGGAAUGAGCAGAGGAAACACCCAGGCUCGCGGAGAGAAGGACGGCACAGCAGGACCCGGCCCAAAGCCGGAGCUGGGAGACAAAGCUGGGCCCAGCAAGGCAGGCAGUGGCAGCCACAGUGACAGCUAUGACAGCUACGAUCUUGAUGAUGGGUCCAUGCAAGCAGACGAUCCCCAGAGCAGUGACGAGUCUCGGGGAAGUGACGGCACUGACUCCGAAGGUGACAAUGACGGUAGCAGCCGAGGAGAUGCCAUGUACACCUCUGAAGAAUCCAGAGAUAAUGGGGACAGCAGUGACUCAGGUGGGGGAGAUGAUGACAGCGAUGACAGCACAUCUGGUGCUAAUGGUGGGGACAGUGACGGUGAUGGGGACACAGGCAGCGACAGUGGUGACAGCAGUGACAGUGGCAGCAAGUCAGGUAGUAGUGACAGUGACAGCAGUGAUAGUGAUGGCAGUGACAGCAGUGAUAGUGACAGUGACAGUGACAGCAGCGACAGUGACAGCAGUGAAAGUGACAGCAGUGAGAGUGACAGCAGUGACAGCAGUGACAGUGACAGCAAUGACAGUGACAGCAGUGACAGUGACAGCAGUGACAGUGACAGCAGUGAGAGUGACAGCAGUGACAAUGAUAGCAGCGAUAAUGACAGCAGUGAGAGUGACAGUGAUAGCAGUGAUAGUGACAGCAGUGACAGCAGUGACAGCGACAGCAGUGACAGCAGCAAUAGCAGCGACAGCAGUGACAGCAGCAGUAGCAGUGACAACAAUGACAGCAGUGACAGCAGUGACAGCAGUGACAGCAGCAACAGCAGUGACAGCAGUGACAACAAUGACAGCAGUGACAGCAGUGACAGCAGUGACAGCAGCAACAGCAGUGACAGCAGUGACAACAAUGACAACAAUGACAGCAGUGACAGCAGCAACAGCAGUGACNNNGACAGCAGUGAUAGCAGGGACAAUGACAGCAGUGACAAUGACAGCAGUGACAGUGGGGAUAGCACAUCUGAAAGCAGUGAUGAAAGUGACACCCAGAGCAAGUCUGGUAAUGGCAACAACAAUGCAAGCGACAGUGACAGUGACAGUGAGAAUGAGGGCAGUGACAGUCACCACUUAACUAGUGACGAUUAG